AUUUUACUUCCAUUACGUAACGAAGAGAGUGUAAAGUGUAAACAAGUAACGAAGACAUCGUAAACAAAAAAAUGGAUGACGAAGACAUAAUACAAUUGCGUGCUCUGAAAGAACAACUCCUGAAAAAGAUUACUUACUUGAGAGACAGGUUGAAGGAUCAAGAAGAAAAUGGACGUAAAGAAUUAAACGAUCUUAACACCACGGUGUUUCCUGAUGAUGAAGAUCACAAACUGUCAGAAUCCUUAUCUAUCAAGUACAAAGCUAAAUUGUGUGAAGUUACAGCUAAAGUGAUGAAAAUAACAUUCGAAAAUGUUGAUAGAAAAUUGUUACGUGAUGAUGUUUAUAUAUAUAUAGUUAAAGUAAUAACAAAAACAAUUUCCUUUGAUAUUGAAUUAACAGUAAUUUUGAAGAAUUUAAAUGAUGAUUUUAAAAUCAAGAAAAUAAUAUAUUAUUUCAAUAAAGAUAUCCAUGAUUGUUAUAUAUUGGAAAUAUCUCCUUGGUUUCAGAAAAUUACAAAUAUGAAAAACUUUUCUCUUCUUAUGUUCGCACUUUCUGAUUAUAACGAAAAGAAUAUCUUUAGAUUUAAAAUUCUACACAGUUUAGAAAUACAGAAAUAUGCAAGCACUGAGCAAUGUACUCAGGAAAACAGAGGUAUAUUAGUAUAUGUACAUUCAUCUGUAGAUAUAGAAAAAAGCUAUAUGAUAUUUCAAUGGACAAUGAAAUUUUUGGACCUGACGUGGCAGAUUGAACAUUUCUUUACAGUAAAGUCUACAGAUUUAGGAAUGGAAUUUUUUGAAGAAAAUCUUCAUUAAAAGAAUUUUGCAAGUUUGUCUUGACGGAAAACAAUCUUGUGGAAUUGUGGGAGAAA